AACAAGCCCGUGCUCUCCGCCCCGAUCCGGCCCGCCGCCCCACCCCGACCCACCCGACGCGAUGUGCGGCGGGGCCAUCCUCUCCGGCUUCAUCCCGCCGUCCGCCGCGGCGGCGGCGGCCAAGGCGGCCGCCAGGAAGAAGCAGCAGCAGUACCAGCAGCGCAGGGUCACGGCCGACGCGCUCUGGCCCGGCCUGCGCGGCAGGAAGGCGCCGCCCCGCGGCGACGAGGACUUCGAGGCCGACUUCCGCGACUUCGAGCGGGACUCCAGCGAGGAGGAUGCCGUCGACGAGGACGACGACGUGGUCGAGCAGGUCCCCCCGCCGCCGCCUCCGCGGUUCCGCUUCGGCGCCAAGGCCCAGGCCGCGGUCACUCCUGCCACCCUAGAUGCUGUUCACCAUGAUGGAUCUGCUACUAAACCGGUAAAGCGCAACCGGAAGAAUCAGUACAGAGGGAUCCGCCAGCGUCCCUGGGGAAAAUGGGCAGCUGAAAUCCGCGACCCUAGCAAGGGUGUCCGGGUUUGGCUUGGGACAUACAACACCCCUGAGGAGGCAGCUAGGGCAUACGAUGCUGAAGCCCGCAAGAUCCGUGGCAAGAAAGCCAAGGUCAAUUUUCCUGAUGAACCAAUUGUUGAGAAGUCCACCCUGAAGCCAACUGCUGCCAAAUCAGCAAAGCUAGCUCCACUUCCAAAGACCUGCGAGGACGAGGCUUUCAAUCAUCUGAGCAAUGGAGACAACGAUUUGUUCUCGAUGUUUGCCUUCACUGAGAAGAAGGUUCCUGCAAAGCCAGCUGAAAAUGUUGAUUUCAUCCUUCCAGCGAAACCUCUUGUUCCCACUGAGACAUACGGGAUGAACAUGCUAUCUGAUCAGAGCAGCAAUUCGUUUGGCUCUACUGACUUCGGUUGGGAAGAUGAGGCAAUGACGCCAGACUACACAUCCGUCUUCGUUCCAAAUGCUGCCAUGCCAGCAUAUGGUGAGCCCGCUUACCUGCAAGGCGGAGCGCCAAAGAGGAUGAGGAACAAUUUUGGUCUAGCUGUGCUUCCCCAGGGAAAUGAUGCGCCACAAGAUGUCUGCGCUUUUGACCAUGAGAUGAAGUAUUCACUGCCUUACGUUGAGAGCAGCUCGGACGGAUCGAUGGACAGCCUUCUGCUGAACGGUGUCAUGCAAGACGGGGCAAGUACCGGGGAUCUCUGGAGCCUCGAUGAGCUGUUCAUGGCAGCUGGUCCUUAUUGAGGGGCCGUUGGUCAAUAGCAUAAAUGUCUCAUGCCUAUGUCCAAGAUGAAGAACCGGUGGCAUCUGCUAUGUUUCGUAGCGGAUCAAACCCCGUAGCUAUGCUAAGAUUAUAUGUGGAACUGUAUGACAUGUUUAUAUUCUGUUGAUGUAAGUUGUGUCUUAUGAUUGGGUGCAUGUUGGAGUCUGGAUUUAAUAACAACCUUGGUCAUAUGACUGCUGUUAUGUGCUUGUUAA